AUGCUUAGAGCUGCACUUCAUAAAUUGAAGGCUAAUUUAGGGACUGGUUCGUCGUCGCGGAAUGCGAAUACCCCUUCUAAGCCUGCCAUCAACCUUUCUGACUUUAAUGUUGUAACAGAAGGGAAAGCCCAAAUAUUAUUCCCUGAAAAGGAAACAGUAUUCUAUAAUCCAGUUCAGCAAUUUAAUAGAGAUCUCAGUAUCACAUGUAUUAAGGCGUGGGAUAAUUUAUAUGGAACUACUAACGAUGGCAAUAGCACGAAAGCCAGUUAUACCAACAAUAAGCGGUCAUUUGACGGCAUUGAGUCUGGGUCUACCAAGAAAAGGAGGAUCACUGAUGGUGCAGGAAAUGAUGGAGCAAUAAAAUCUAACUCUCCUCCAGGGCUGCCAUACAUGAGAAUUCUUGAGGCUUUAUCUGCUACAGGGUUACGUGCAAUCCGUUACGCACAUGAGAUUCCAAAUGCCAAACAAAUUGUUGCCAAUGAUUUGCUUGCAGACGCUGUAGAAUCUAUUAAAAGAAACGUCCAAUUCAAUGAUGUGUCUAAUAUAGUUACUCCAAAUAAAGAUGACGCCAAUGUUUUGAUGUACCGUACCAAAAGUGAGGGAGGGAAAUUCCACGUGAUAGAUUUAGACCCAUAUGGAACGGCUACGCCAUUUAUAGAUUCUUCAAUGCAAUGUAUUGAAGAUGGCGGCCUUAUGCUUGUUACCUGCACGGACCUUUCCGUCCUAGCAGGAAAUGGUUAUCCUGAAAAGUGCUUUGCUCUUUAUGGAGGUGUAAAUAUGGCGGGUCAUGAUGCUACUCAUGAAAGUGCCAUUAGAUUGGUUCUUAAUUUAUUGGGCAGUAGUGCUGCAAAAUAUAAGAAAAGCAUAGAACCACUUCUAUCAUUGAGCAUUGAUUUUUAUAUCCGUGUAUUCAUUCGUGUUAGAACAAGCCCAACUGAAGUGAAGAACUUGCAAAAUAAUACCAUGACUGGGUAUAUGUGUAGUGGGUGUGGAUCUUAUCAUACUCAGAGAUUGGGGAAACAGUCCGAGCGUGUAUCUAAAAAGGGUAAAGCUUUCAUCAAAUAUUCAUUGGCACAAGGCCCUCCAGUGGACAGGAAUUGUAAGUAUUGUAGAGCUGUCCAUCAUGUCGUAGGCCCUAUGUAUGCCGGUACAUUGCAUAACCAGCAAUUUCUGGAUGAAGUGCUAAGAAUUAAUCGGGAAGAACACAAUGAUGAAGUUUAUGGAACUAGGAAAAGAAUUGAAGGUAUGCUGACGUUGGCCAAAAAUGAGUUGAAUGUACCAUUCUAUUUUUCUCCAAAUUCGUUAUCAUCUAUUUUAAAAUUUCAAGUACCACCAUUGAAAACUAUUGUUGCUGGUCUUGGAUCUUUGGGAUACACUUCAUCAUUGACGCAUGCGAAAGCUUCUUCGUUGAAGACAGAUGCACCCUGGGACGCUGUUUGGUAUGUCAUGAAGAAGUACUGCCUAGAUAAUGAUCUUGUUGAUAUCAACAAGAUGAAUACCAAUGGGCGUGGGUAUAAAAUAUUGACAAAUGAUCAAAUUUGCGGAUCCGAACAUAUGUGGGAUGAAAAAUUGUCUUUUGAUCCAAAUGAACAAAGUGGUAAGGUCGAGAAACUUAGGAAAUUGAAGAUGGUUCGCUAUCAGGAGAACCCUACAAAAAACUGGGGACCGAAGGCAAAACCUCAAUAG